GCGGCUUGUUCAAAUGAACACAAUCAAAGUUCAUACCACAUCAAAAACACGCGGCAGCAGAGCUGUAUACCACUAUAAAUAUAUUUGUUAAAAUUCUAUACGAGUAUAUUAAAUAGUAAUAUCGUUUAUAUUACUAAGUGUCCUGAGUGUUUCACUAAAUUUGACCAGUUUUCUUCGGUAAACGGGGAAGCAAAAAUAAAACAAUGGGAGAACUCGGGCACAAACUCGGAUUGGAUGAAUUGUCGGGUGGAGCUAUGGGCAUCAGCAAAGCAUUGCUCGCUGAAUUUAUCGGUAAUCUUUUGCUGAAUCUGUUCGGAUGCGGCGCCUGCAUCAACGUGACGAAUGGGUCGGAAGCAGCCCCUAACAUCGUCCUCAUCGCUUUCAGCUUUGGUCUCGCUGUGUUUGCCGCUGUUUCUGCCAUAGGUCACAUAUCGGGCGGGCACAUAAACCCCGCAGUGACCGCGGGCAUGCUAUCCACCGGCCGCAUAAAGCUAGCCCGGGCUAUUCUUUACGUGAUAGCUCAAUGCGCGGGCGCAGCAGCUGGUUCGGGGCUACUCAAAGCCUUUACCCCGGAAAAAGUGGCGGGAAAGCUUGGCGUUACCGGGCUGGGCGUUGACGUCACUUCCCUGCAGGGCUUCGGGAUUGAGUUCUUCCUUGGUUUCGUGCUUAUCUUCGUCGUAUUUGGGGUGUGCGAUCCGAACAAACCCGACAGCAAAGCCACAGCUCCUCUGGCUAUCGGUCUCACGGUGACGCUGGGACACCUGCUGGCGGUGGACUACACAGGCUCAGCUAUGAACCCCGCUCGGUCCUUCGGCUCGGCGCUGGUGGCUAACGAAUGGGCCGACCAUUGGGUGUACUGGGCGGGCCCGGUGGCGGGCGGCGUGGCGGCGGCGCUGCUGUACGCGCACGGCUUCUCCGCGCCGCCGCACGAGCCCGCGCCGCGCUACCGGCCCGUCGCCGCCGACGAGAAGGAGCUGAAGAGACUGGACGGUAAAGGGGAAGACAUGGCGUGAGUGCGCGCGCGCCGGCUGCGGCCGCUCCACCCCGUCUCUGUUCCCAGCGACACGCGCUACAAGCAAACAUACAAACAUUUUUAGUAACGAACCUAAUGUAAUCUUGAGACUUAUUUUUGAAAUUCAAUAUGUACCAGUUUUCUUUUCAUAAUUUUGCUCAAUAUAAAAAAAACUUACAAAAUCUCAUUUAAUGUGAAACUGCCACCGACAACGAUAAUUAUAUUUGAUAAAGAUGACAUAGUUUUGGUAUAUUUUUGGUACAAAAAUAUUACCCAAAUAAGUUUUCUAAAAAAAAAUUUUCUCCACUAAAUUUAGAAUUGUAGAGGCGAAAAGUUUUUUCUCUGUGCACUUUAACUAUUUAAGAACAUCUUCCAGUUUAUUAAAUAUAAGAUUUUAUACUAUUUAAUUAAUAAUUAAGGAAAAUCAUAGUCGUUACUUAUUUAUGUACUCAUUUUGUGUGCCGCUUGGGAGAGUCAAGAGUGUUUGAGUUUUCAAUAUUCGGUGUGAGAUACAAUAUUAAGAACAAGUUAUCCUUUCUCUUCUUCAUUUCACCGCUAUUUUAUAACUUAUAUGCUAUAAUGUAAGCGAUUUGCAGUUGUGUUCAUUAUUCGUGUUUAUCUUUAUAAUAAAUGAAUAAAUAUUUUU